AAGCAAUUUCAACUAUGAUGCUGAUAAAACAAACACAUACACACAUUUAAGCACAUAUGUAAACGCAUGCAAAGAUAACACAAUUAACUUACGUUCAUAAAGUCCCUUGUGUUCUAACUWAAGGAAAUAUCCAUAAAAAUGUCCACGCCAAUAAUUCAAAUAACUGCAGAACAAGUUCGUGAGGUACUCAACUGGAGGAUGGUGUGCGCAGCUGUUGAGGAAGCUAUGAAAUCAGUUUCAUAUUCAAAAGUAGAUCAAGAUCGGGAUGACAACGACAGCCCGCAAACGAGUCAACCUGCUCGUAGCAUGACAGUUUGUGGUGAUAAAACCAAUAUUUUAUUAACCAUGCCAGCAUACGUAGGCAAUUACAGAUUGACCUCAAGUACAGAUGAUGAUUCCACUUUAAAAUCCAGCACUUUAGCUUGUAAAGUGGUGACAUCCUUUGGAAAAAAUCCUGAACGCGCAUAUCCACUACCAACAAUUAUGGCAAAUAUUCUUAUCUUUAAUAAGGAAACAGGAAAACUAGAUUGCAUCAUGGAUGGGACAGAUAUUACUGCCUGGCGCACCGCAGCCGCUUCUUUAGUGGCCACAAAGUACUUAUAUUUUCCACGCUAUCCUGAAGGCAUUGCACGACCAAUCAAAGUGGCUAUAAUAGGUACUGGCGUUCAAGGUGAAAGUCAUGCACUUGGUAUGUGCUCCUAUUUCACAGUUAGUGAUAUUUAUCUAUGGAACCGCACUAGUACCAAAGCCGAGUCAUUGGGGAAAAAACUGCAAUCGGAAAUAGCAAACGUAAGAGUUCACGUCUGCUCAACCGCAUCUGAAGCAGUUGCAGAUGCUGAUGUCGUUUGCGUAGGCACAUAUUCUUCCACACCUUUAGUUACACAUACCAUGUUAAAGAAGCGUCAUGUUCAUAUUAAUACCGUUGGCGCUGGUCAAGUGCAUUUUGGCGAAGUUGGACCAGACAUUUACGAGAAUGGAAAAGUAUAUAUUGAUUCCUGGGAAAACGCGAAGAAAGAGUUAAAUGGAUUAAAAGCUGAGCUUAUUGGUGAAGUAGGAGAAGUUAUCAAUACAAAAAAAUAUCCACUGAAUGACAAAAUAACAAUAUUUCAAUCGAUGGGUAUGGCUGCUGAAGAUGCAACAGUGGCGCAGUCGAUAUUGAACGCGGUUCAGUCCAAGAAAGAAUAGAAAACAUUCUGCAAAUUUCAGAGGAUUUAAGAAUUUUCGCGAUUAAAAGGAAAAAUAAUAUUAAGAAAAAAAAAAAAUUAAAGGAAAUCAUUCCAAGGACUAGUAUAAACUGCUAUCAAUGUAAAUAUACCUACUUGUGAAACAAAAUUGUAUAUCUUCUCUGAAAUUUGACUUGUAGUAACUUUUGGUGUAUUCUAUCUUGGCUUUUUUAAAACAGGAAAUUUGUUAUUAUUUAGCUGUUUUCCACUAGGAAUCAACCACUUUUCAUCAAAACUUUAUUAUUUAUUAACAAAAUAUGCAUUUUUCGUAACCUUGAUAAUAAAAACUGCAUCGUUGAGUCGCUUUAAUAUGAAUAUUUGUUGACAAUAUUAUUGUUGCCAGACUACUUCAGUUUUUAAAUACCCAAAACCUCUUUUGUUAAUAGAUUAGUAAAUGUUUCGGAAUAUUUUUCAUAGAUAUUAAGAUUUUUUUAACUAAUUUUAACGAUGCUUGUUCGCAUAGUUUAAAUAUAAUGUAAACUAACAUAUGUUUUAGGUUUACGUUGCAAUUGCAGAAUAAYUUGUACCGUUAAAGCAGUAAUAAUUUUUUGGCAGCACGGCAACCCUAGCUGUUGCACAUUUGGAAAUUGUAAAUAAAAAUUCACAUUGGAAGUUUAAAUAUAAAUAACAUUACAUUGCAGUGACUAACAAUUAUGAGUAUAAUUAAUUUUGAAAUUGAAGAAAUACGUAAGCUGUGCGAAAAUACCGUACCAAAUUCUAAAAUUGUAGCUUGCAUUUGUGGGGAAUCACCGCUUGUGCGCGUAGACAUAAACGAAAAUGAGUCGCAUCGCCAACUCACGGUUUGCCUGCGUUUUCCAGCCAAUUAUCCAGAUGAGUCAAUCCUUGUUGAACUGAAGAGUCGGACGUUGUCCAAUAAGUUCCUAGACGGCCUUGCAACACUUAGUGAGAAACAUGCGCGCCAACAUUUGGGAAAACCGCAAGGACUGCAUGUACUAAGAUUUGUGCAACAAUAUCUGACUGAAAAUCCACUUUGUGUUUGUUUUGACGAAAUACAAGACCUACGCCGMGAUCUUGGCACGGAUGCCACACCGGAUCAAUUGAAAUUAAAACAGCGUCAUUCGAUUGUGCAAUUAACAGCAAAAGGUGGCGAGUACUACUACAAAGUGAGUGCAUUUUUACCGAAGGAUUACCCGAAAGAGUGUGUACAACUACAGAAUCAGGAAACGAAUUUACCAGCAAUUUUGCUUCGUUACUUGAACGGACAAUCACGUGAAAUCGCUAGACAAUGUGUCGAACCACCACUUCGUUUGAAUAAGAAGGAACAAUUGGCUUUUCAACCAGUACCUAGCCUAUAUCGUGCUCUCAAAUUUUGUCUGGCCGCUACAUCGGACUUUCAUAUAGAGUUAUGUCCAAUUUGUGAGAAAGAGGUGUUGCCAAAGAAACCAACUCAGUUGGAGUUAGAUGAUACAAAGGACUCAUAUGUGGAACGUGUAUACUGYGGACACCUUUUUCAUCAGGCUUGCCUGAAGCAUUACCUACAACAGCCACCUUUUCCUAAGGGUGGUAAAUUAUGCCCAGCUAAGCGACGACAUCCGCGUUCCGAUGCAAAGUACUAUAUGGGUGGUGCCAUUAGUAAUGGAAAGCAACCGAUUGUCAAUGCAGACAACGGAGGAACAUGUGGAAUUCGGUUGGCGCACGAUCGUUGGGUUGUUAAUGUAAAACUAGCUGAAUCACGUUGGGCGCAAAAACAAGCGCGGGAACGAGAACUACAGGAAGUAGUAGAUUUUCUGAAGUGAACUGAACUCGUGCCUUACGCAAGUGCAUACUCAAAAAUUAGUAAUUUUAUAUAUGGUUUAUUAGUUGUAAACAGGUUUUGAAACAUUUAAAUUAAAAAUAGAAUAUAUUAAACAAUAAACUAA